GAUUAAAGUGAUUAUACGAUGAAUGUGUGUCGAGUGUGUUUAUGUGACAAAGACUUAAAAGAGUUGUUCGCCGUGAGCCCUCAUACCAGUGCAGUAAAUUUCCUGGCCCUGGUGCAGAGAGGUGAGUGGUUUAAAUUGCGAUAAAAUCGUAAUUAUUUCAAUUAUGGGUAAGACACCAUACAACUCAAUGGGGAUGAAAGCUAAAUCAAUUGGGAGAGUGUUUACAGCAGGGUUUAAAAGCAGCGAAGAAUGCACAAUUGAGGGUUUUUAUGAUGAGGAAAACCAAAUCAUUUAUCUCCACUUACACAGUCUUUUAGAUACAGAUUUAUUAAUUAAACAUUACGCAAGUCUCGUCGAGCGAUGCAACAAUGAACGAAAAUGCGACGAUUUACUUGUGGUUAACGACGAAAUUAAAAGCAGUUUUGCUCGCGCGCUUUUACUUUUGUUUCAUGUGAGUCACAUAAUGAUUUUGUCACACCCUGGAUGGACUUUUGAUACAAAUUGGAUUCAGUAUUUCAAGGCUGUGGAUGCUUUAAGUCAAAAAAAACUCAACAAAAUAAGUGAAGUUUUAAAAAACGUUGAAGGUUUAAGCCCAGACUGGGUUUCAAAUGGCCGAUUUUGUACCCCACGUGUUAUAUUCUAUUUCGAGCAGUGCCCUAAAGGUUCCUACAAUAUUAAAAAGGUUGAACACAACCUCGAAGAUCGCAUUUAUCACAUUUUGAAAAAGACGCGGAUUAUUUCAACUUAUGGGUCGUCACUUUUUGCAAUUCCGAUGAAUGAGGAAUUCGUUUAUAUAUCGACGGAAGCGCCAAAUACUGAUCGGUUAGGGGAAGCCGUCAGAGGUCUAAUUCAGGAUUGCCAACCUGGCGGCGCCAUGCAAGUGCAACCACCGUUUUGCAGUCAGCCAUAUUCCGAACGCCAUUUUUUGAAAUUCUUACAAGUACACAUCAAACAGGCCCGGACUAAGGGCUUUAACGACACGGGAAGCUCCAGCCGACAUCAAUUAUCACAACCGGCCCAUUUUGAGUUGCCGAUACUGAAACACUGGCUUGAAAGCACAAAGGCCAUAUACGAAGUGAUAAUGAAAAAAGGUUUAAUCUCGUCAUUGUGCACCGACACCAGAUUUUCGGAACAGAGGUGUCUCAAAGUCUUACCUUUAGCUCUAGCCCGGUACCAGGAAAAUUUACCACCACAUUACGCUCACUCAGAGCACGACAGACGCCUCAGUAUGGCUCUAGCACUCUUUAAUGCUCAAGCUAGAGGUCCCGUGUUUCAACAAUACGUCACUAAAUUAAAAGCAGAUUGUAAGGCACAUUGGGAGAAUGGGAGACAGCAGUGCGAGGCGGCUUCCAUGACCGGAAACCCGUGCAAAUUGCCCAAACAUCAGGCGGAUCAGGAGCACAUGAGCGGGUUUAUUUAUAAAGCUGUUUGUGACUGUGGUCGAAAAAUCGGCCCCCGUGAGGACCCCUACAAUGCCAAACAAGCAAAUCACCUUUUCUACCAACAGAUCAGUCGCGAAUGCAUUUGCUCGAAACUCGAGCGAAUUUCAUUUCCCGUUUUCCAACCUUCAAUCAAAGAAUAUAAAGCUGCGACUUUGAAAGAAACUGAAGAGGCCCUUUCGGUCCUAUCAGAUCGCUCGAAUGAACUAACUCCCGAAAACGAAAGGGGGUUAGUGCGUCAGCCGAGCACGACUGAGUAUUUGCCGGGAAUGCUAACCCUCAGUUCACCUCCAGGACUCCUUCCGGUUUACUCCAGUUGGAGUCUCGUCUGUCUCGGGCCCUCUUCGCUUUACAGCCACAAUUUGGGGCUGUCGGAGUCUCACCACCCCGGAUUUUUGAACUCUACUAAUUAUCUACUUCCUUGGGAUGUGACUGUGUAUAGCAAAGCGAAAAUGAAUUGGGUUAGUAAAUACCCGGCCAGGGGGCGUAGAGGACGUCCCACUGGGGCUUCGCCCCAAUUUUCGGUUAAGGUUUUCAUUGGAGUGGAGUAUGAGUGUUCGUCGGGGCAUAGAUUUAUGUUGGCAGCGCCGGAUAAGAUUCUCAAGGCCACUCCGGGGAGUAUUGUUAAGGACACUGGACAUAAAAUAGCAGAGUCGGAUAUGCCCUUGUACUACCCGUGCAUGUGUCGGGCUAAUAAGUUGGCACAACUGAUGCGACUACAUGUUGUUACUCCUAAAGCACCAGUGCAUUGCACUUUAGACCCGAAGGUUCAACCCGCCCCCGGCGCCCCCAUUUUCAUCAGUACGGUCGAAAGGCCGACCAAACUCACCCAAUCGGCCUAUUGGGUCAUGCGUCUACCUUACGUCUACGUUGCGGAUAAGGAGCACUACCCCCAAAAUCUAGGAGCAAAGUUACUGCAGGGUGUUUUUGGCGUAACAGAAAUAGAAUAAACGGUUUUCAAUGA